GCGGCCCGCGCCCGCCGCUGCCCCGCGCGAUGGGCGCGCCAGCCGAGCCGCAGCCGCCCGGGGUGCCCCGGCGGUCGAUCAAUCCCGCGGCGCCGGUGGCCGCAGGACCUGCCAGGCGGCGCCUUCUCCCGCGAGCACGCGGCCGCCAGCUCGCCAUGCAUCAGGGCCUCGUCGACGACUGGCCCGCCCACGCCGACGAAGGGCGGGCCUGGCGGGCAGGCCGCUGGGAGCGAUUCGCCGCGCAGGGAGGGGAUUUCAUGACGCUCCACUGCGGGUUUGACCCGGCCGACAACCGCAUGAUGCACUUCGGGGACGACGACCCCACGUGCUAUACAACCCUGGGAGGCUGAAGAUGCCCGCCUGGGCGUUCCUCGAGGUCGGGCAGCUCAGGAGGGAUAUCCUUCGGGAGCGCGCCAAGCUGCCCGCGGGGGAGCCGCUGCGGCUGGAGCGGCACCCGCGCCUGCGCGAGCGCCUGAACCGCGAGGUGGAGGUUUCCUUGUUCUUCUCAACAUGCCCUUCCUGUCCGUGGACUUGCAGGCCCCCUACCUGCACCACUUCGCGGCGCGGACUGUCCGACUCCGCGAGCUCGUGCCGCUGUCGUUCUACCUCUCCCACGACACCAGUGCGCUGCCCCGCGCGAUGCAGGAGGACGUCUGGCCUCAGGGCCGCAAAGCUGGCCCCAGAGUGGGGGGCUCCGCACUCCACACGCCUGUGGGCGACGAACGGCGCUCCGUGGCAGCAGCCGUACCCGCCCUGGAACGACGCGCAGGCGCCCACGCCCAGCGAGGACCAGUGGAUCUACAGCUGCUUCCACUGCGACCGCAUGGAGAACCUGCACAGCCUGCUGUCUGGCGAGAAGCAGGUGGUGCUGGUGCCGCCCGGGCGGAAGGAUGUGCUCAAGGCCACGCGCCACUCGCGCCAGCUCCAGUGGCUCGUGGCGCCUGUCCCGACGCCGUCUGGCGGAUCCUACCUCGGCGCAACCCACUUCGAGUCCCACCUCCAGAAGGAGUGCACCAGCGCCCAGAGCGCCGUGCACCCGCUGCGCACCGAGGCGGAGAAUCGGCGCGCCUCCGGCGGGGCGUGGCCCGACGAGGUGGACUUCCCGGUCUGGGUCGGCUCGCUGCGCCCCGGCGACACGCUCUACAUACCCGCGUACUGGUGGCACUGGGUCGCCACCGCCACCCCGCCGGCGCUGGGGCAGUUCGAUGCCGGGGCUCUGGCGAUGUCCGUCAACUUCUGGUGGUGGCCGCAGCACCGCGACGAGGAGAUGGAGCGGUGGUGCUACCAGAACGAGGUCGAGAACCUGCAGAACGCGAGGGUCCCCGUGCCGCAGGACUGCCACCCCCUCCCCCGCGAGGCCCACGCGGAGAUCUUCCGCCGCGAGACGCUGCAGAUGCGGCUGCAGGCCAGCAUUCCGCAGCCCUGGCCGCGCUUCCCCGAGGAGUACGAGGCCGUGGACUGAGACGGCGACGGCCCCGCCGAGGCCUCUCCGAGUAACGUUUCGACCGUGCGUGCGUGCUGGCAUGCUGGGGCGCCGGCGCCAUGCGCGCUGGCUUCUGGCGCGGGAGGCCCAGACGCCGAGCCGCCCAGCGUGGACGAGGGCGCCGCCGAGGGCCGGCGCAGGUCGAGAGGCCCGCGCGGCGAGGCAGAGCGGGGGGCUGCAGUGGACCGCCGCGCCGAAGCUCCCCAGCGGCGGGGCUCCGUCGGGCCUCUGUCGCGGCGAGGGCUGGGAGUGGACACGGGCUGGACGGUGUGGGCUGCGGAAACCCGCGCGCCGGGGCUGCUUCUGACAUGGGCGAAGAAGCCCUGUUCCGUCAGGCCUCUCGCGAGGCGAGGGCUGGGAUCGGACACGGGCCGGGCAGCGCGAGCUGCGGUGGGCGAGCCCCGCCAAGUGCGUCGCGCGAGACGGCCCUCGGCGCUGCGUCUCUCCGAGGCAGAGCGAGCAGCAGCCUGACUAUAUGCACGAGGUGCUGGGAGGCCAUCUCCCCAGUGGUGGCGGAUAUGGUUCCGCUGCGCCACCCGCCAGGGGUAUGAUUCUCGGCCGACGGGAGCUCUCGGCCUC